UUGUGUCUUUAUUCUUUCUCUUCGUGAAUCUUGUAAUAAUCUUCUACAAAAUGUUCCUUAUGAAAUAUGAGGGCAUAUAAGGUGUGUUAUACACAAACGGGAAGCAAGAAGAAAAUUAGAGUUAUGGGCCCAAAGUUAUGCGCAUAUAUAUAAUCAAAUCGAAAAACUGUAGGAAAUACAUGAUAGGUCAAAAAACCCUGAUUUUCAUUUGAAGACGACGAUGAUGAUAUCCGAUCUUCCGGAGGAUAUGGUAGAAGAGAUACUGUCUAGGGUUUCAAUAAUAUCUCUAGGAGCAUUGAGAUGGAACGAUUUAUCUAAAGCUCGGGUCAUAUGUAAAGCAGAAGCUAGACAACAGUUUGCUGGUUUCAUGAUAAAGGGAUCUAAGGUUUGUUCAAUGAGAUUUGAUCUUCAUGGAAUCCAAAAUAACAACGUCGAAGUAGUUGAGCCAUCUAUAAAGCAAAUAGCUAAGUUUAAUCAUGUUGAGAUAUCUCAAGUCUUUCAUUGCGAUGGCUUAUUGUUAAUGAUGAGUAAGGAGGUCAGCAACACUAGGCUCGUGGUUUGGAACCCGUAUUUGGGGAAAAUAUGGUCGAUUCAACAUAGGAGUGCUUAUCAUUCCGAAAACAGCUUGCAUCAUUGGAGAGACUGGAAACUUGAGAACUGUGGAUCUUGGAGUAGCUGCCGUGCCGUAUCGUCAGCUACCAGUGUGCUCUUAUGCUCCAAGUUUAGAGCAAAUCAACCAAGGCCAAGAACUACCCCUUAUUGGUCAGAAGAAAAUAUCAAGAUUAUCAACCAGUCUUAUUUACAUUAUGUUAUUUGUUUCGUUCAUCACCUUCAUUUUGUUCUUUGACUCUGUUUUCUUUUGAAUAAGUCUAGUCAUACAAUGAUUGUUUUUUUCCUGAUAUAUAUUUAAUCAUAUGAU